AACUCUUCACAGAUCAUGAUGUGGAGAGGAGCAGCCUGGGGGUGUUUCUUCAUUGGCUUCAUUUCAGUUGCUUAUGGAAACAAUCUAUGUCCAAAUGGAGACCCCUUUAUCAUCAAGAAGUGUUCGGAUGACAAUGCCUGCUCAUUGUUGUCAGAGCAGUGUUAUCAUGGAACUUGCUGUCCAAGAACUUUCAAUAGUGGUCCAAAAUGUCCUGAUGGUGAUCCAGCUGAAACCAAAGCGUGUAACUCUGAUGAAUCCUGCAGUCCUAGUGUAGAGUUCUGUAAUAUCAAUACACAGACAUGCUGUCCUAAGAAAUAUAAUUUAGAUGGACAAAAAUGUCCAGGAGGAAACCCUGCUGAGAUUAAGACCUGUGCUUCAGAUGAGUCCUGCUCUGUGACAGAAUUUUGUAACAAAGGGACAUGUUGUCCUAAAACAAUUAACCAAGAUUUCAAAUGUCCAGGUGGAAACCCUGCUGAAAUUAAGACCUGUGCUUCAGAUGAGUCCUGCUCUGUGACAGAAUUUUGUAACAAAGGAACAUGUUGUCCAAAAACAAUUAACCAAGAUUUCAAAUGUCCAGGAGGAAACCCUGCUGAGAUUAAGACCUGUGCUUCAGAUGAGUCCUGCUCUGUGACAGAAUUUUGUAACAAAGGAACAUGUUGUCCUAAAACAAUUAACCAAGAUUUCAAAUGUCCAGGUGGAAACCCUGUUGAGAUUAAGGCCUGUGCUUCAGAUGAGUCCUGCACUGUGACAGAAUUUUGUAACAAAGGGACAUGUUGUCCUAAAACAAUUAACCAAGACUUCAAAUGUCCAGGUGGAAACCCUGUUGAGAUUAAGUCCUGUGCCUCAAAUGAGUCCUGCUCUGUGACAGAAUUUUGUAACAAAGGAAUAUGUUGUCCAAAAACAAUUAACCAAGAUUUCAAAUGUCCAGGUGGAAACCCUGCUGAGAUGAAGAACUGUGUCUCAAAUGAGUCAUGCUCUGUGUCAGAAUUUUGUAAUAAAGGGACAUGCUGUCCAAAGGCAUUCAACAAACCAGGAUCAUGCCCAGCGGUGCGCAGGGGUAUGGUAGGGAUAUGUGUAGAGCAGUGUUCAGAUGAUAGUGCUUGUAGAGGGGAUCUAAAGUGCUGCUCCAAUGGGUGUGGUCACACUUGUCAAAAACCAGUUAAAAAGCCAGGUAAAUGCCCAGCGAGUCUGAAGAACCUUGGAGGACUGUGUAUUGGACAGAAGGAUGUCCCUAACUGUAAAACUGACAAUGACUGUCCAACAUCAGAGCUGUGCUGUAGGAGUGACUGUGGAAUACAUGUCUGCUCACCUCCAGAAGAGAAGACCCCAUGUCAGAGAGAACUAGAGGCCGCCUCUCUUCAGGUCUUAUCUCAGGUGGACAGUUGUAACCCAGUCUUUAUUCCAAGGUGUGAUUCUAAAGGGAAUUAUCAAAGAACACAAUGCUAUGAUCAUAAUGGCAUGUGCUUUUGUGUUUUCCAAAAUGGAACAAAAAUUCCAGGGACUGAAGUCAGAGGAAAUCCAGAUUGUUCCAGGGCAACCAAACCAGGUGUGUGUCCACACUACACAAGUCUACCAGCUAUAGACCUCCGCUGUAUGGAGACAUGCCAAACAGAUGACAGUUGCCAAGGCGACCAGAAAUGCUGCUCCAAUGGUUGUGGUUACCACUGUAUGGGGCCUGUUGGUAAAAACAGUUUGACAACAAGAAAGAAAAGAGACACACAUCCCCACUGCACCUAUGAUGCACUUUUUGUCCCACGUACAGAGUGUAAGACAAAUGCCGAUGUCUGCGAUGGGGGGUCGAUAUGUGAUCCCGUCACUCAGUGGUGCUGUCCACCUAUGGAAGUCAACAAAUGUCCAGUUGGAUAUCAGGUGACAUCAUUCUGUAAUAAUGGUAAGGCCUGUCCACCAGGCUUGCAGUGUUUAGAGGGUUCCUGUUGUCAUGUCCCCACCAAUUCAGGCUCAGGAAUUGUAGAUUACACCUGUAAAGCUGAUGGUUAUCUCACCACAACCAAAUGUACAGAGGGAAAGUGUGCCAGUGGACUUUUCCAUUGUGAAAAUGGCUACUGCUGUCCCACAAGGUUAAAUAAAGGUGAUUCCUCAGAAUAUCAGUGUAAAGUUGAUGGCUACAAAUCCACGACUCAAUGUGAUGGUGAGAUGGCAUGUGCUAGUGAUACUUUCCAUUGUGAAAAUGGUUACUGUUGUCCCACAAGACUGAAUGAGGGACUGUGCCCUGACCAGAACAACGUCCUUAUGUCUGAUGGUGUACCUAAGACGUGUAAUAUGGACACUGAUUGUGAUGUCAUCAGUUUCGGCUGUAUUAACGGACACUGCUGUCCAAAGGCAGGAAUCACUACAGUCGCUCCAGUGAAAACCUGUCCUAAUGGGGCUAAUCCUGCCAAGAAUGUGAAUGGUUUAACAAAGACAUGUAAGGUGGCAAGUGAUUGUGGGGAACCAGCGACUUGUGAGAACCAGAUUUGUUGCCCAACACCAAUACAGGAAGACUAUUGUCCCAACAAGAGCUUGCCUCUGAUGGAAAUUGGAAAGCCUAAAGCUUGUAUGGGGGUUUUACUGGCAGAGUGUGGCAGUUCCAGGGACUAUACAUGUAAAGGUUUAGGGGAUUCCAAGUACUGCUGCCCUACAAGGAAUAAUAACAUGGAACUUUGUCCUAACAAAGGCAUGCCCCUGUUGACCUCUGCUGGUAAUGCUCAGAGGUGCUCGUCCACCAUGGACUGUGGAGAUAGUACUUACAGUUGUCAGAGUUCUAACAUUGACGGAUACAAGUACUGCUGUCCUACAAAACUCCUCAUCACAGAAAUGUGUCCUAACAGGGGUUAUGUCAUGGUUCAUGAAGGUCAUCCUAAAAGAUGUAGCAUGGACUUUGAAUGUAUCGGCUCCAGUGGAAAGUUCUCCUGUGUCAAUAACUACUGUUGUCCAAAGGAUGUCAAUCAAGCUGUGUGUCCCAAUAAUGGAGGACUGCUAUUAGAUGAAAAACAGCAACCUAAACUUUGCACUGACAACAUAGAAUGUCAGGGAUCAGGAAGGGGGGCUUAUUACUGCAAUGAGGGAUACUGCUGCUCAGAAUCAGGUUCCCUGUCUGUGUGCCCCAAUAAUGGAAUGGUGAAAAUGUCUGACAACAAACCAAUGACCUGUGUCAAUGAUGCAGAUUGUGGGGAGGUAACCUGGUCGUGUCAGGGAGGGCACUGUUGUCCUCGUCCUGUCAAUACAGUAUGCCCUAACGGAGCUGCUCCUAAGUGCUGUAAAUUGGACCUGUGUAUUCAUCACUCCUGUCCUGCUAAUCCUUCUGCUAAGUGUCGCAUCAAUCCCUGUGGUGGCUGUAAGGCCGAGUUUUAUGAUGACAAAAACACGCUAGUGAAUUGUUUCUCAGGUUUAAGUAGAUGUGAGAAGAUGAGAUUGAAGGCCCUUUCGUUGAGUACAUUUUGGAUGGACACAGAUGUAGGAUUCACCAGGCAGUACCUGGGACAAGUGAAGAAGAAUGAACCCCAGGGUGUCCUUCCUACUGCAGAAAGAGUGAUAUCCUCCGGUAAGGCUGGGGAGUGUCUAGGACUGCAUCCUACAGCUGUCAAGGCUCAGACUCAGGACUGUACCUCAGAUAACGAUUGUCAGGGAACCAGUAAAUGUUGUCUGAACAAAUGCCAGGUUCCUAUUAGUGUAUUGCCCCACCAGACUGCCUGUGCCCACCGCCCUGUAACUGGACCGUGUAGGGGUCGUAUGGUCAGAUACUUCUACAACUCCACCAGUAACACAUGUGAACAGUUUGUGUAUGGAGGAUGUAAAGGCAAUGAAAAUAACUUUGGAUCUCAGAAAGCUUGUGAGAGGGCUUGCUCAAAAGCUGGACUUCCUCCUCAGUGCCUGCCUACUCCAGAUCCAGGCAGAUGUCGAGCCAGAAUCCACAUGUACUUCUACAACAUUACCAGCAACAAGUGUGAGAAGUUUGUCUAUGGAGGGUGUGAAGGAAACAGAAAUCGCUUCCUAACCCUUACACAGUGCCUCAGUACCUGUAGCUCUAAAGAUGUGCAGGCUGCACCAUGCGAGAAAAUCCGAUGUGCAGCAGGCACCAUCUGUUUACCUGUCAGUGGUACUGAAGCAAAAUGUAUCUCUGAUAAAGUACCACCUGUUGUGAAUGGUAACUUUGUGCCAGAUUGUUUGGACAACGGACGGUUUGCGCCGAUGCAGUGUCAGGGAUCUCUAUGUUGGUGCGUCAAUGAUAUCGGGGUCAUGCAGCCUAACACCAUGAGAGUAGGCAAACCACCCUGCUAUAAAUCAGUGACAGGUGUGACAGGUACCAGUGAUGUCUCCAGAGUUCCAGUAUGUGCUGAUGGCAGUACUCCUGUGUUGUGUGAUAAAAAUGAAUGUGAAACAGCUAAGUGUGAGGGGAAGAGUGACGUCACCUGUGUGGUAGAUCCCUGUAAUAAGUGCAAGGUCUCCUUUGUUGACACCAAUAACAAACCAGUCACAUGCAAUGUUGAUAAAUGUGCACUUAAGAUACCCAUUUCCACAUCUCGCAAUAAACGAGGGUGUGGGAAUCUAGAACAGCGCUGGGUGUUUGAUCAUAAGACCAAGAAGUGUGAACAUUUUCUGUAUUCACCGUGUGACGGGGAAGAUAAUUACUACAAAAGUCAGUGGGAGUGUAGAUCUAAGUGUAUAGGCACCAUCUGUAAUGGAAGCGGACCUAAAAGUUGCAUCACCAGCUGUUCAGACCAGGUGUGUCGUCGAUUUCCUGCUGCUCAGUGUCAGAUCCACCCAUGCACCUGCGAAGUCAUGUUCUUUGACCUGGUCUCCAAUGUUCCAGUGAACUGCAAUUCUGUAACCCCACUUUGCCAGAUGAGAAGAUCACAAGAAAAGCGCAAAGCUUUGAUGAAGGAGAUGUAUAACUAUAAAGUAUCGGAGUCCGUACCCAUAUCUGUGUGUGAUGUCAGGGGAGAGUUUUCUCCACAGCAAUGUGACACGGUCACCAACAGGUGCUGGUGUGUGGAUGGCCUCGGAAACAAAUUAACCGGAUCAGAGAGAAAAGUCUCCAGUCCAGCUCAAGACAUUGGAUGCAAUCAAAAUAAGACUGUGUCUGCUGUGGUAUCAUUAUUAUUCAAGUUGGAUUAUGAUGUGUAUGUCAAAGGGAAAGAAGAAAAGCUUAAAGGGGUUGUAAUGAACAAGCUAAAGGAAAUAUCAUCCAAAAUGAUCCAACAUAUCAAGACAAUUAAAAUAAGAAAGGGCAGUGUAUAUGUUGAUAUUGAGUUUGGACAAACUACUGAUAACUCAGAACCAGAAGACAUAGGCAGUCUGGUGAAUGUAUUGGAAAAUGAGGUAAACAAUGGACUGGACAUGAGAUUUGAAGGCCAGACCAUUACAGCAGAACCCGAGACUAAAACCACAUUUACCUUCCAAGCUCAAACUCAAGGAGAUAUUUCCAAAUCCCCUACAGGAGAAAAAGAUGAUAGUGCAACAACAACCAUAGUUGUUGUCGUUGUCAUUUGUGUUGUUGUAUUGAUAGCCAUUGUGGCAUUCAUUGUUUAUCGAAAGAGGAAAGGCCAACAGGAGAAGAAUUUUACAACCCUGAAUACUAGUGAUCCUGAGAGUCCUCCAAUGAAACAGAACUCCGUAUACUACCAUAACCAGGCCUGCGAUAAAAAGUGAUAUCAUCUGAAGACACAAAUCAUAAAGUCAGGGGACACAACUCUCAAGAAAUCCACGAAACCCUUAGAAAUCCUUUUUUAUGUUGCACCAGCAAAGAAACUAUAACAUUGUAUUUUGCUCACCAAUCAUGUGCUAACAUUUUAUCUUUACUUUUCAUGUUACAUUGUAAAUAGUCAUGCUUUUUUAAUAGAUAUUACCAACAUUUUUGUUUUGAUAGAAACAGCUGUUUACUAGGGAAUGUUAACUUUCUUUUGUUUUCCUUUUGCCCAUUUACUCUUAUUUAAAAUUGGAUUUAUCUAAUUAAUUUCACAUAAGUGCUUUGGUUAAAUUUAAACUAUGUCUAAACAUUACUUAUCUAUUUGGGCAAAAAAAAAAGUGAAAAUAUGAGGGUGCACAUUGUAUGUUGUCAGAUAAGGAAAGCCUUAUUAAUCUGGGGGGUUUUUUAACUACCAAAUACUAAGAAUUAGGUAUAGUCUGAGUCUACUCGAGAGUAAAGUUAUUUUUUUGUAAUAAUUUACUGAAUUGUGAACAUUGAUGAAGAAUUUUAUUCUUACUGGCACAUUCCUUUUCAUUGAUGCAAAAUGUUCUGAUUUAGCUUUACUUACCUGUACUUGUGCUCUAUAAUUAGCUUAUUUUCUGUCCUGUCCACUUCUAUUCAUUAAUUGUCAGAAUUUGAUCUGUAGACUCUAUCACGAAUAGAUACCUCACUUUAUGGUGCUAUAUUUUUUAAAUUUCGUUACAUGGUUGCUGGUUCAUCUAUGUACAGAAUCUCAACUUCUCAUCACACGGGAAGAAUAAGGAAAAGUUUUUAUAUUUUUAAAUAAAAUUUAUGUUUAAUUCAAUUGCAAAAUCUUGUAUAUAUUAUAUCAAAUUAAAAACUAAAAGCAAUAUA